AAGACAAGACUCCCUGAGGAUCAGAAAAACAAGGCGUCAUCGGAAUCCUCCAACAGCCUCUGGGCAGUGGACAGAAGCUGCAUUUCUUGGCUUGAUCAACAAGAAAAACAAUCUGUUAUCUAUGUUAGUUUUGGGAGCAUUACUGUGAUGACUAGAGAGCAACUCAUAGAAAUUUGGUAUGGGCUUGUGAAUAGCAAAAGGAGGUUCUUGUGGAUUGUAAGGCCGGACUCCGUGGUGGGCCAUGGUGGGGAAGAUAUUCCACAGGAACUCAUAGAAGGGACCAAGGAGAGAGGGUAUUUGGUAGAUUGGGCCCCGCAAGAGGAGGUACUGGCCCAUUGGGCAAUUGGUGGAUUCUUGACCCACAGUGGAUGGAACUCUACAUUGGAGAGUUUGGUUGCAGGGGUUCCAAUGAUAUGUUGGCCUUACUUCGCUGAUCAACAGGUGAAUAGUAGGUAUGUGGGUGAGGUGUGGAAGGUGGGUUUAGACAUGAAGGAUGUUUGUGAUAGAAAUGUGGUUGAGAGGAUGAUAAAUGAUAUAAUGGAGGAGAAAAGGGAAGAGUUUGUGAAAUCAGCAAGAGAAAUGGCAAAGUUGGCCAAAGAAUCUGUCGGUGUUGGUGGGUCAUCUUACUGUAAUUUGGACCGUCUGAUUGAGGACAUCAGGUUGAUGAGCUUGAAAAUGAAAGAUCGGGAUGGCCAGGAACCAUGAUUCUAUACAUGGUAGGGCCUAAGAAUAAUUGGAAAAAAAUUGUUAAUAUAGUGUAGUAGCAUCAUUUUUCUUAUUUUAAGUCUAUUUGUCUUGCCUAUAUAUACAUGGUCUUUUUAUUAAUGUUAUUGGUUCUCUUAAAAACUGAUCAGCGUUUUUGAUACUGUAUUAAAAAAACUCAUGAAUU